ACCACCUCGCGGGGCAUUAUCAGGCCUGGUUGCGGGAAGCAUCAACCAUGUUGCAAAUCAUGCCAUUAACAGAAAGACUUGCUAAUCCUGCUUCAGUCAGUGAUCACUGGAAUAACGACACUAUUCUCUUAUGGCUUGAUCACUGGUGGUCCUGGAGGUUUGUAUAUGCUCCUAUUAUCUCUUGAUAGUAUACUUUUUCUAACAAAUUUAGUCAUGUCUAUUGGAUGGAUCAUUGUAUCCGUGUUUACUUUUAUGAUUGCUCUGAGUAUGGCAGAAAUUGUUUCUGCUAUACCUACAGCUGGAGGACCUUAUUAUUGGGCAGCGCUUCUUGCUCCGAGAAAUCAUUCGGCUUUUGCGAGUUGGAUUACUGGUUGGUUCAACUUCCUCGGUCAGGUUGCUGUCACUACUGGAAUCAGCUUCGGCCUCGCAGGUCUCAUCUCAACAACUGCAACAAUAAAAUCAUCAUAUGGCCCUAGUGCCCCAAGAACAAUCGGUAUCUAUGUAGCUGUCCUCAUCUCCCAUGGUAUCUUCAAUACCUUUGGUGUCCACGUGUUAAGAUAUCUAAACAAUACAUCUAUCGCGCUUCACUCUUUAGGCGUAACUGCAAUAGCUAUUGCAGUUCUCGCAAAAGCCCCUACGCACCAAAGCGCAAAAUUUGUCUUCGCCAAAUUCUACGAUGGGACUGGUGUAGAUCCAAGUCUUGGAUGGAGCGUCAGGGCAUCCCCAGCAUACGUCGCUUGCUGUGGUGUUCUCAUGGCUCAAUACACGCUCACUGGUUUCGAUGCCUCCGCCCACUUGUCUGAGGAAACUCGAAAUGCAUCUUGGAGUGCACCUAUUGGCGUUAUUUCUUCCGUUGGGUUUUCGGCCCUUUUUGGAUUCUUCGUUAUAUUGAGCUUCUUAUUUAGCAUCCAAGAUUUUGACAAUACAGUUACGAGUGAUUAUGGUCAACCAGUUAUUCAAAUUUUUGUCGAUGUGUUCGGAACUGAUGGGGCCGUUGUGCUCAUGUGUUUGAUUAUGAUUUGUGUCUGGCAUUGUGGGCUUUUUUCGAUGGCUUCGAAUUCGAGAAUGAUGUUUGCCUUUGCCAGAGAUGGUGGGAUUGUAAGUUUCUCUUUCCAGUCCAGACUUCUUCUUCCCAGGUAUUGACACAACCAACAGCCAGAAUUCUUUCACAAGGUCGAUAACCGUUUUCAAUCUCCCAUCCGAACCGUUUGGCUUGCAGCAACUCUAGCCUUUUGUCUAGCACUUCCUUCUCUGGGUUCCAGUGUAGCUUUUGCUGCGGCUACUAGCAUAGCUACUAUUGGUUUGUACAUCUCAUAUGGUACCCCGAUUCUGCUUGGCCUCAUCUAUUCCAAGGAGUUCAAAGCUAGGAAGGGACCAUUUAACCUCGGGAUUUUCUCGAGACCCGUUGCUUUCAUUUCUGUAUCCUGGAUCGGCUUUAUCACUGUGAUAUUUUGUCUUCCUACAACAAAUCCGGUGACAAGUCAGACUGUAAACUAUACAGUGGUGGCUGUGGGGAUCAUUGCAAUCGGCGCUUGCGGAGCAUGGGUGGUCUGGGCUAGAAAAUGGUUUGUAGGACCCAUGGUCGAGAUCGAGGCAGCUGCGCGCUUGGGUAUCAAUCCUGAAGGGUCUGGUGCUUUAGAGAGAGCGGAAGUGGAUGGGAAGGUUAAUUUACAUGGGGGUGUAAAGAGCUCGGAUUAGAAGCCUCAAGAGCUGCCAGAGAAAAUGCAAAUGAUGGUGCGAACAACUAAUAUACCGAUGAUAGAAGUAGACUCAGAGAAAGCAAGGCCUAGUAAAAUGGUAAACGUGUAUUCUGUUAUGUAUCACCACAGGAAUCCAGGAACUGUGUAUAGAGUUUGCGGCACAUUGGAAUCUUUCAGAAUGGCGAUAUCCGGGAGCGUGUCUCGGACAACACUCGUUUAAAAUUCGGACUAUCGAGGAGGGAGGAAUGAUGGCAAUGCCAAUGGAUAAAAUGCAAACCUCUCCAUCAAACUGACUAGAUCAUAUA